UGUUUUAGUUCAGUGUAUUUACCAGAACCUGUAAAACGUUGCGCGACUUUAUAAAUGUCGCACACCAUACUUGAUUGUCUUAUCAUCAUUGUUGAGAUGUCAAACAUCAGUCAUCAUCAUGAUCAUCAUCACAUAAACAAGCACCAGUUUUUGCUUUGAGAAGAAUUACGGAUUUCCUUUUCAUUUGAAUCUAUCGAAAAAUACCUAAAUUAUCAUGGCAUCGUCUUCAUCGAACGAAGCAUCUAAAGGCAAUGAAGAGCUGAAACUGGACACCAACCCGCGAACGGUAACGAAAGCUACGGAAAUCCUCGCACCACUGCCCAGCGAUGCGGUGGAGAAGAACCUGGAUAAUGUCCUGGAGGCUGUGAAGACCGUGGACCAGACGUGUGAUUUCAAACGGUGCAAGCAGAAAACGAACAUGAUGGGCAGCAAUUGCGGCUUCUGUAAGCAAAGGUUCUGCUUCAAGCAUGGCCUUCCGGAGGUGCACGGAUGUGGCGAAGCAGUCAAACGACAGGAACGGGAAGAAUUCAUGCAUCCUCUGCCGGCGAAAACCGUGCAAGCUAAGGAGGAUCUGAAGAAAGCACAGAGCCGACUGGACCAGAAACUGAAACAGAUGAGCCUGGGUCGGAAAGCGAAGCCUUCUGGAGGAGGUCCAUCCGGUAGCAAAAAGAAAGGGAAAUCGUAGGAUAUAAUCAUAAGACUUUUUGAUUCGGAUUUAUUUUAUUUCAAAUACUAAGGAAACACUGAAAUACACAAUGUUUGUUACAUGAGUAAACUAA